GUGGCGUCCGACAGAACAGAACAACCUCGAUAAAUUGAUCUAAACCUAAAAUCUAUGAUCUAUGUGGCGACCGUCGUUACUGUGAUCUCGCAGUUCGCACUAGUCAUGAUUGUCCUGUGCAUUUAGUGAUGAUCGUCUUGUGGUUUGUGAAGAAACUAGAAAGCGUUUGGCAGGUUUUUAAAGUUUACGGAACAAAAGGUGGUGGAAAACUUGUAAAUUAUUGUAUGCGGUAAAGAACAAAUAAUUGUCAGAGAAAUUAGCACAUGAAAAUGGACUGGACGCCACAGGAAGAUGGGUUGAGGGAAAUUCUCACGCUCCUAAGAGAAUCGCAAUCUCCUGACACAGCUACUCAAAGGGCCGUACAACAAAAACUGGAAGAACUGAACAAAUUUCCUGACUUCAACAACUACUUAAUGUUCGUUCUCACCAAACUAACUACAGAAGAUGAACCUACCAGAUCGCUUAGUGGAUUAAUCCUUAAAAAUAAUGUAAAAUCCCAUUUUCAAAAUCUUGAACCAAACGUGGCUGUUUAUAUCAAAACAGAAUGUCUACAAGCCGUGGGAGACGCAAGCCCACUUAUAAGAGCCACAGUUGGGAUUUUGAUAACGACAGUCGCUAGUAAAGGGGAUUUAUCAUCAUGGCCGGAACUUUUGCCUGCCCUAUGUAACAUGCUAGACUCAACAGAUUAUAAUAUGUGCGAAGGAGCUUUUGGAACUUUGCAAAAAAUAUGCGAAGACUCUGCUGAAGCACUGGAUGCUGAUACCACAAAUAGACCUUUAGAUAUUUUAAUUCCCAAAUUUUUGCAAUUUUUUAAUCAUUCUAGUUCCAAAAUUAGAUCAUUCGCUAUUGGCUGUGUUAAUCAAUUUAUAAUUCAGAGGUCGCAUGCGCUGAUGUUCCACAUUGACGCAUUUUUACAAAGCCUAUUUCAAGUGGCAACUGAUGAUGAUUCAGAAGUGAGAAAAAACGUUUGUAGAGCGUUAGUAAUGCUGCUUGAAGUCAGAAUGGACAGGCUUAUAAGUCAAAUUGACAACAUCAUUGAAUAUAUGCUUGUGAGGACUCAAGAUGCAGAUGAAGGAGUAGCAUUGGAAGCCUGUGAAUUUUGGCUGAGCCUUGCUGAGCAGCCCAUUUGUAAAAAUGUACUUUCAAAUCAUUUGAACCGUUUAAUUCCAAUUCUAGUAAGAGGAAUGAAAUACUCUGAAAUUGAUAUCAUAUUACUUAAGGGUGACGUUGAAGAAGAUGACACUGUUCCAGACAAAGAAGAAGAUAUCCGACCAAGAUUCCAUAAAUCGAAAACACACACCAUCAAAACUACCCAAAAUGGGCUAGAGAAUGGGACAGAUAAAGACGAAGAUGAAGAUUAUGAUGAUAUUGACGACGAUGGUUCGCUGUCCGAUUGGAAUCUAAGAAAAUGUAGUGCAGCUGCACUAGAUGUACUUGCCAAUGUUUUUAGAGACGACUUAUUGCCCAUUUUAAUCCCUAUUUUGAAAGAAACUCUUUUCCAUCAAGAUUGGGAUGUCAUAGAGUCUGGAAUACUAGCAUUAGGUGCAAUCGCUGAAGGCUGUAUGUCAGGCAUGAUAAGUCAUUUGCCAGAACUAAUACCUUAUUUGAUCAACUGUCUUAAUGACAAAAAAGCGCUGGUUCGUGCUAUAACUUGUUGGACCCUCAGCAGAUACUCACAUUGGGUCGUGUCCCAACCUCACGACCUAUACCUGAAACCUCUAAUGACGGAACUUCUGAAAAGAAUAUUGGAUAGUAAUAAAAGGGUUCAAGAAGCAGCUUGUUCAGCGUUUGCUACUCUAGAAGAAGAAGCGUGCACAGAAUUAGUGCCGUAUUUGGGUUUCAUUUUAGAAACUUUGGUUUUCGCCUUUUCAAAGUAUCAACAUAAGAAUUUGUUGAUUCUUUAUGACGCUAUAGGUACAUUAGCAGAUUCUGUGGGAAGUCAUCUGAAUAAACCUGAAUAUAUCAGUCUUUUAAUGCCACCUUUAAUACAUAAGUGGAAUGUAUUAAAAGACGAAGAUAAGGAUUUGUUUCCAUUGCUAGAGUGCUUGUCAAGUGUAGCAACUGCUCUUCAAUCAGGUUUCUUGCCAUACUGUGAGCCUGUAUAUUGCCGAUGCGUGGCACUUGUUCAACACACCCUUUGUCUUCACAUGAACCCUGAACAAUACGAAGCUCCCGACAAAGACUUCAUGAUUGUAGCCUUGGACUUGUUAUCAGGACUAGCAGAGGGACUUAAUGGACACAUAGAAAAACUAGUAGAAAAUAGUACUAUUAUGCAACUGUUGCACCUCUGUAUGCAAGAUUCAAUGCCUGAAGUCAGGCAAUCGUCUUUUGCCUUGUUAGGCGAUCUCACUAAGGCGUGCUUCCAGCAUGUCAGACCACACGUAGCAAACUUCUUGCCUAUACUUGGGCAAAAUCUUAAUCCUGAGUAUAUUUCUGUUUGUAACAAUGCCACAUGGGCUGUAGGUGAAAUUAGUAUCAAAUUAGGUGGUGAUACCAGACCAUUUAUUCCAUUGGUUCUAAAUCAAUUAAUAGAAAUAAUUAAUAGGCAAGAUACACCGAAAACUCUUCUUGAAAAUACUGCCAUAACAAUUGGUCGCCUAGGUUAUGUCUGCCCCCAUGAUGUGGCUCCAAUGUUACAACAGUUUGUCCGGCAGUGGUGUAUGUCUCUAAGAAAUAUCAGAGAUAAUGAAGAAAAAGACAGCGCUUUUCGCGGAAUGUGUGAAAUGAUCCAAGUUAAUCCUGCUGGAGUCAUAACUGACUUUAUAUUCUUCUGCGACGCCGUUGCAUCUUGGAUUACGCCCAAGAAUGACUUAAAAGACAUUUUUAUUAAAAUUUUAUAUACAUUCAAAGCACAAGUAGGAGAAGAAAAUUGGAAAAGGUUUAGUGACCAGUUUCCACCACAAUUACGGGAGAGGCUAUCUACUCUAUACGGCAUAUGAAUCAUUUUUUGGGGUUCAAAACGGGGAUAAAUUCAAUAAACCGGGGUGGGACAACCUGGGUAAAUCUUACUCACAUGAAGCAGGGCGGUUAAAAAAUUCAAUCAAACCAAGAUAGGGUGGGUUCAACUUAGAAAACAUAAAUGUCACUUCUGCUGGAAGAAAAAUUUCCCUACAGUCGUGUAUUUGUCGCCGCUGGCACAGAAUUAAAUUUUUUGCCAAAGUUAAAUGCAGAGGCGGUAGGCACUCAGAGUAAAACAAAAGUUGUAAAACAUCCGUCAACUUUAUUUCAUAAUGGUGCAACACUCUGAAAUUAUGUAUUUUUCAUGUAAUUUUUUUGGCAUCUGGGGGUUCAUUUUUCGAUUGUUUAGCAGAUUGCAAUAAUAUAGAUCACAGAUCCGAAUAAAAAGCGUCUUUAUUUUUGCACAAAUAUGGAAUAAAGUUGACGUUUGCUGUAUACCCUGAUUUUUGCAGCCCUUGCAUUAGUUUGCAAAUGGAUAAGUAGUGAUAGCAUCUAAUCCACCUGCAAAUUAAAGCACCGGCUACGUAAAACACCCUGUAUAGCUAGUAGAUGCCUUAUAUUUUUUUGACCUUACACAUUGCGUCACACUAAUGAUAGCGAGGUAUUAUCUUAUGGAAAUUUUGGAUUUUUUAGAGCUUUAGUUUUUAUAAUAUCGUAGCUCGCUACCUUUUAGUCAGACAUUUUGUAUUUAAAGAUAAAGAUCUUUAAAUACAAAAUGUCUGACUAAAAGGUGAUAAAAGUAUCACCUUCAACUAGGGUUUUUUGGUCCUGUUUUUAUUUGAAGCCCAAAAUAUAUUUUUAAAAGGAGAAAAGCAGAACCUAUAAAACCCAGAGGGCCUUUCAAAGAUGGAAAGGAUUUUGCCAUAAAAACCACCAAUUACCGCUCCUGAAAAUCCAGGAGGUUUAGAGCCGCAUGUGAAAAAGUUUCUGUACAAAUCACAAAUAAUACAACCCGCGACCUAAAACCCUGGAUGAAAACUCUUAGUUGUUGAUGGGCUUCAGGUGUGGAAAAUUUAGCAAUAUAGUUACAAGAUCACUUUUGUUGGUAAAUUUUGCACACCAACAAAAAAUUUCUGGGCAAAGAGUGGAAAGGUUAUAAUUAUUUGUGAAUGCUGAGUCUACGCGUAUAUUCAAAAUAUCCCCUUAAAUAAUAUAAGAUUAAAACACCUUUGCUAGGCCUGAUUCAGGAAACUCCUAAAAACUUUACCAUAGGUAUAUUUUUUUUACGACACAUUGAGGUCUGGCUAUUUCAAUUAGACCUCUUUCCUUUUUGUCUCAGAAAAUUUACUAUAGUUAGGAAGUAGCUAUGCAUGGUGUGGUAUAUCUAAUAAAUUUAUUGAAUUGUAUAUCAGAACUUUUUUACUCAUGUAACAAAUUGACUAAUUCUUGAUCGAUUUGAAAUUUGUUUAUUUUAAGAUGGUGCUUUAUUUUUUAAUAGGGUAAUGAAUUUUCACAGACUUUUUUUCUAAAAUUUUUAUCAAAUGGUCAAUUAAUUGGCUAGGAGCGUUUUAUUUUCUAUUAUACAUAAUAUAUGUACAUAUAUCCGCUUCAUGAAGAAAAUACUUUUUAUAAUGCCACUAACGUUCCUAAAAUUUCACUCAUACAGCUUUCUUGCUACUAUUUUCACUAUUUUUUUAAAUAUUUUUUGUUAAUUUAUUGUUAUUUAUUUACUCGAGUAAUUACUUUAUACACUGAAUAAUGUUUUUUUUAAAUUUUUACUAUUGGUUUAAAUUUAUUUUUCAUAAUGUAUGUACAUAUUAAAUUUAUGAUAAAUAAAGAAUAAUAUAAAAAUAAUUUUUUAUAUAAUUCUUGGCGCUCCUCAAAUUAGACCUAUAGGGUUUCUUCUUACAAUGGUUUACAUAUUAACACUAGGUUAUUUAGUUUUAUUCAAAUUAAUUUUUAAUUUAUACAUAGUAUUAUUUUGUCACAUAAAGAAAUAUUUUGCCAAAUUCGAGGGGCAUUUUAUUUUCUGUUGUUUCCUUGAUAUUUAUACUGGGUAUGACGUACAUUUUUGUAAAAGGAGACAAGAUAAAUUAUCAAUGCUUCUGAAAUUUGAUGCUUAAAUUUUUACUUUUUAUAUUGCAUUUCGAAGAUUUGGUCAAAUAAAAAAAGCCACAAACGAUUGGUGGUUAUUCAAUUGUGUACUAAGACAAUCUUUUUCUAUGCAAGCAAAUAAACUAAUUGGAGUAAAAUAGUUCUUAAAAUAUUCUUUUUAGUUGUGUAAGUAUUUUCAAAAGGCACAUGAUUUUGUUAUCUUAAAAUAUUAGGAUUUUAAUUGUGAUAUUAAUUUAUUUUCCUUCAAUUCAAAUAUAAGUCAUUGGCUCUUACAUAUUUUGUUUUAUUUUAAUCGACUUGUCAACGCGUAUUUAAUAUUCACUCACCUAAUUGAAAAAUAAACCAAAGAUUUUGGUGAUAACUUGAAUUUCGUCUAAUCUAUUUCAACUAUUGCAUUUUUAAAAAUUACUCCCUGAAUCUCCAAAAAUAAAACUAAAUAACAAGAAAUACCUACAUUAAAAAAUCCAUUUUUGUGCCUUUUGAAAAUAUUACUUAGUUUUGUAUAUAUAUAGUAGGAAACAGUCUGCAAUCCUUUUAAUCCUUAUUGAGGACUUCUGGAUCCUUGUACCUGAUCCUGUUCCUGAAAAUCCUUCGAAUCAAUGUUGAUGGUCCUUAUUUUGAAUGAUUGAGUUUUUUCACCAUUCAUUAUUGUAGUUUUUCCCUAAAAAUUCAGAUUACGUACGUUUUUUCGACAACUAAUAUUUAUUAUCGGCUUUAUUCUAUUUGUUCAUAUUUAUUUUUGUUUUAGAAUGACUAAAAUUAAAAUAUGAUACUUUAAUAACUUUUCAUACUGAAUAAGCUUUCUAGACUGGGACACAGUGCAUAAAUUGCCAAAAUAAACACUGUAGCCACAUGUCAAAUGAAUUUGAUUGAGUUACAUAUUUAAAUUUUUAGUUUCAAAAAAAUUUACGUAGUCUUUUUACCCAUGGGUUGGUCAAUAUUUGAUAUUUAAUUAAAAAAAAUCUUUUCGAGUUUUUCUAUGGUUUAAAAUUUGAAUAUUGCUUAUCAAUCCAACUAACCUCAACAUGCAAUGUGAUAAAUGAUUUUUGUGAUACAAUAUUAAUUAAAUGAUAAGACUAACUAGUAUUUCACAGAUGGUUUUAUCGAAUUAGCAAGUUUAAAUGAUGGCUAAAAUUAAAUUUUAAUGAUUAAAUGACAUUUGAGUGAGACUUUUUUUUUGUAAUACAUGUUCUAAGUUAAUUUAAUUUUUACUUUAUAUUUUGAUUUUGUUUCUCUUAUAUUUUAUAUUUUCACUCUUAGGACUUUAUACAUACUUGCUAUUUAAUAACAUAUUCAUCAUGAUCAAUAUGUGUUGGAUAGUAAUUAAUAUUUUUUAAUGUUAAGUUAAGUUGCAUGUGCGUGAAUGUGUCCUUUUGUUACAGAAGUCUUCGUUCCUCCUCUACUUUCCAUUAUCCAAUAUUUUUUUACGCUUGUCGCGUAAUCCCUUUUUACUUUAGACUUUAGAUUUUGAGGAUUACAUGAGUAUUUCAUGUACCUACCUAAGUUUUUUUUUAUUGUAGGUACCUGUACUCAAGUAAUAUCAUCUAUAAUUUACUUAAUACUUAUAUAUCGAACACUUUGUGUAUUUAUAUUCAGUACGCAUCAAAAGUGUGCCCCCGAUCCCACUCCAAUUUUGGAAUUACGCAUACAUAUACAUAUUAUAAAUCUAUAUUAUUUUGUAUAUUUGCUUUUAUGACAAAAUAACAUCCACAUAUUCUUCAAGCAUGGAUGUGAAAUGUCACAGAGAAUGUUUGUGAGUGGCGGACUUUUGACGCACACUGUUUAUACAGGGAUAUUUAUGCAUGGUUAUUUUUAAUUUGUUGUCAUAUUGGUAAUCUGUCUAAUAAAGAUUUUCACAUGGUAGGUACAUGGGCUAUUUCCUAAUAAUUCUAUUCACCCUAGAGCUAAUUUUUCUUUUACGGUUACACAGAAUGUAUGGUAGGUACAUAAACUAUUUCUUAACACUUCUAUCUACUCUAAAGCCAGUGGCGGCUCGUGACAAUCCAAACUGGUGAGGCCCAUGGCCCAUCAAGUUAACCCAAACAAACCCAAACAAAAUUUUCAAGUGUUACGCCCAAAUUUUGACCCAAAAUUUCAUUAAAAGAACAUCUCGGAUAUUUUUUUUUUUAUAUUUCUAAUGAAAAUUUUCAUUUCUUACAGUUGCAAAACAACAGCAGUAGGUACAUAAUUCUUAUUUUAAUACAAAUAUUGAGUUUCAAAUUAACAAAAUAAAUUCCAAAAAACAGUUUUUUAACCCGCAACAGACCAAAAUAAAAAGUAGCCAAAUUAACCAAUUAAAUACUUGUCGCAGCAGCAAGAGAUGCAAGGUUUCUUAUUAACAAGCCCAAAAUUGUGCGCCUCAAUGCCUAUGAAAAUUCGCUAUCGUCUCACCUACAGUUGAAGGGUUGUGGUGGGGAGUGCCGUGGCAUCGCUUCGGCGUUCUGUGACGCACAUGAGGCCAAAAUUUUUGGGAUUGCUAUUUUAUUUUAAUGCUGUCCGGCAACGAUUUGAGCGCCUAUAAGGAUAAAUAGGUAGAAGCGCGCGCUAUAUUAAAGAAAUAGUAUUAUAUUUUAAUGAAAAUUCGAUGUUUUGAUUCUUUCAAUGAUUGAAAAUAGUUGAAAAACGUUAAAUAUUUAAUGAAUAUUAUUUCAAAAUUUUACAUCAUUAUUGUAAUUUUUACAUGUGAGGCCCGGCCUCAGUUGCUUUAUACGACGAGCCGCCACUGUCUAAAGCUCAAUUCAUAAACUCGCCAUCGGGAUUCCGUUUGCGUCGGCCUCGCCGUUACCAUAGUCGAAAAAAUUCGAGCAUUUAUAAACUUGCCGCUUGCGCCCUGAAAGUAAACAUAACCUAACUAACCUGUUAUUUUUGUUUAUGUCAAUCUUUGUGUUUUUUUUUUAAUUUGUUCGUGCUAUAUCGUGCAUCUUUAUUUUGUAAGUUUUUCUAAAAGUUCGGGAUAUUCAAGAUAUUCAAUAAUCAGCUGUUCCCUACCAGACGUAAACAUCACGUGACAGGUAAAAGUCCUUGAUUGGGUCUUUAACAGCUAUUUGCACCGGUGUUCCUUAAAAACAAACUAAGUUAGGUAGAGGCUAAGCUUAAGGUGAACCUUUAGGUUGAGUUGCUUUGCACCGACCAAAUCCUAGCUAAGAAUUGAAAGCUAUUGGCAACAGCGCAAAAAUGCGUAUUUUAAGGCAGAAAUGAAGAUGGAGGUACCUAUUUCAAGCAAGGAAUUUAUCCGUUAACUUAUCCUUGCGAUUAAAAUAUAAAUAUUUUCGUUAAUUUCGUCUUUUCUUUCAUAAGUUAGGUAUAUCACGUGGAUAUUAUUUUGAAUAUAUUUUUGGCAUUCUUGUGCAAAAUUCUGUAAAAAUUACCCGACGCACAAAAAUAAAAGCAUUAACAAAUAACUAAAUAACAGCAACAACAACCAUAAAAAAAAAACUUCGGAAAACUUGUUUUUGCUAUAAAAAUAAACAUAAAUAUUUUUUUUUUUGCUUUAAACAUGCAGUCUUCGGAGAAAAGGCUCUUGGAACCUUGGAUAUUACAAAUAUAAAAUCAUCGAUAAUCAAUUUCAACCAGAAUUCUGUCAAAAAAAGAAAACAAACCCAAAAAUGAGGUUAGAAUCCAACUAAGCGGAGAAAAUCUGGGGCUUAACUUAACUAGACUUGAGGUGUACACGAAACAGCGGUGCAAAGCAAAAUCGUAGUUUAAGUUCCACUCAAGACUAAGCUGACCUUAAGUUGUAGCGGUGCAAAUAGCAGUAAAAUCUGCUACGACUAGUUGCUAGGAGUCGCCGACGGAAAAUAUAAAAUUGGUUUAUUUGAAACGGAACUCUGACGCAAACGGUGAGACCGACUGGAAUAUAAACGAUCUGAGCGAGUUUAUAAAUUGGGCUUAAAGCUCAAUAUAAAUUGGGCUUAAAGCUCAAUUUUUUUUUUACUAUCUUGUUUACACAAAAUAUAAAAACUAACAUUUUUAUAAUUAUUAUUGUCUAAGUAUAAUGAUUAUGUUGAGCUUUUUUUGAUAUUCAGCUUUGCAUAAGUAUAAUUAUUUUAGCCUGAGACGUUAUACUUUAUUAAUUUCCACUAAAAAUCACUUUAACAACUUUUAUUAAAUAAAUUGACUUUUAUCGCUUUAACGUAAAUGUAUAUAUACAACAAAUUUCUUAUUUGAACUGACCAACUACGCGAUAUUUAUGGGCGACAUCCAGAAUUUAUUUAGAAGAAAACUCACAUCCUCUGAAGUGUAAACAUAUUUUGCUUAUUUAUAGAUACAAUGGAAUUCCCAUAAUAGACGCGCUCAAGACGUGAACAACUCAAUUCGUAGAAUAUGGCCAGGCUCUCAAUGCAAUUUUGUAAUCAUAUUUUCCAUAUUUAAAUUGUUGUCUCGCUAAAAUAAUUGAAGCUAAAGCUGUCGAUUUAUGUUUUCUGUCAGUAUAAAAAUUAAUAGGUCCUUUAAAAAUAUUACAAUUUCUUUGCUUAUUUUGUAAAGUGCCAUUUUUGAACAGGAAUCGUACUAAAAUUUUGUUCUUUUUUUUUUCAAAAAAUAAUUCGCCUAAAUGUUGUUUCUCUGUAAAUGUGGAUUCUUUUUUCAUCAUUUUGUUUAUUAUUAAAAUUUUCAAAAUUUGUAACCUCAAUUACUAUAGCUAAUAGAACAGUAUAAAUACUA